AUGGUCAGAAGGAGUGAAUUACUACUUCAUAAGCUCGCUAGUAGAGAGAUGAGAAGUUCAUUCGAGAAGGGAGCGAAGCUAUGGGAACAGGAUACUUGCAUCAAUUUCACGCGGAACGCCAUUCGCCAAAAGAUCGAAUUAUGGUAUUCCCGAGGACGGAUGUUGGUCAUACGUUGGAAAACUCGUGGUGAGCAGAAACUGUCACUAGGAAGUGGCUGCGAAACAGUAUCUAAUCGCUGCGCAGAGAUUGGUCAGCUCUUGGAUUUUUCCAUACAAUGUCCCGACACGAUCGCGACGACUUCAUCACUGUAA